GAGGGGUCACAGCUCUGUGAUGCAGGCCUGGGCCCUAGUCAACUGGCCCAAAGGCAACGUCCAGGGCUCAGCUGCUUUAGGGCAACAGGGCAAUUCAAAAAAGAUGGAGAAUUAUCCGUUUCCUCUGAGUAGCGCUAGUGAUACAUGGCUGAACCCCAGUUCCACCUCCUGGAUGAUAGAUCUCAUCCUGGGCAUCCUGUGUGGACUGGGGCUCUUCCUGCUGUUACUCCCCUGCCUUGGGAGCAACCCAUCCUCGCCACCGGCUGGGCAGAAAAGAAAAAUCAGGAAGGAUCCAGUGGAGAAGAGGAGGCGGCCCAGGAGCAGGAAGAAGGGCUGCCCUCUAAAAGUUUGCAGAGACUGCCUGAGGGAACUGGAGGGGGCUCGGGACCUGAUUUUGCUUCUGCAGAGCCACCUUGAAAAGCUCUGUGAAAAAAGGAGCUUUUACCAGCUCUCAUGUGCAGAUCCCCCAGGGAAAGUGUGCAAACCAGCACCUGCCAGAGCCCACCGGCCACCUGGGGAAUGUGCGGAAGAUGCUUCUCCUGCCACCUUGUCCCCAUUGGCAUCCCUGGCUCCCCUGGCCCAGCGGCCUUCACCUCUGGCCUCCACCCUGCCAGUACAGCCUCAAGAAGACCAGUCUGACUUGAUGAGAAUCCCCCCAGGCACCAUCCCAGAGAGCUCACCUCCAGGUUACUCUUGUUCGGUGCCUCCUGUCUUGGCCACCUUAGGCCUUGAACGCACCAUUUUGUUCCUUUCCUGGUGGUGGGCAGCCGCCAAGGCCCUUUUCUUUCCCACCUCACCACACAGCAAAUCCCAGAAAGAGCCUCUUUUCCACCAUCCACCAGAGGCUUGGUUCUGGGGAGACCCCACACACAGGCAGAUAGAGGACGGUGGCUCUGUUUUCCUCAAGCCUGGUGUCCGGAAGCUCCUGGAAAUACUCAUUACCAAGAGAGCAGGACUGAAGCUGUGGAAAGACAAAGAAAAGGAGAGGUCAUUUCUGAAACAAGUGAGCCCCGAUUACUCCCAGGGUUCUCUGGGGAAUGUGGUAAAUUCACCAAGCUGGGAGUGGGACACCACAACUCCACACCCCUUUGGGGACAUGAAAGACAAACCAGAGCAGCUUCCAGCUCCUCAGCAGCUCUCCCAUCCAGCCAUGGGGGACCACUUACAGCAGAAAUGCAGGCAGCUCUUCUGGGGCCUCCCCUCUCUGCACAGUGAGUCCUUGGUAGCUGCUGCCUGGGUCUCUAGGAGGCCUUCUACAAAACCACCACGUCGCUCUGUUUCAUUCAACAUAGUCCCUGACUAUUUUCCAGUUGAAGAUUGGAGUGAAGAACCUUCACAGCCUCCCCAGGACCAGCCUGAUUAUGAGCCCCUGGAUUACGAGCCCCAGCCUUUGCCUCAAACCUGGCCCAAGCCCCAGCCCCAGCCUUUGCCUCAAACCUGGCCCAAGCCCCACCCCCAGCCUUUGCCUCAAACCUGGCCCAAGCCCCAGCCCCAGCCUUUGCCUCAAACCUGGCCCAAGCCCCAGCCCCAGCCUUUGCCUCAAACCUGGCCCGAGCCCCAGCCCCAGCCCCAGCCUUUGCCUCAAACCUGGCCCGAGCCCCAGCCUUUGCCUCAAACCUGGCCCGAGCCCCAGCCCCAGCCCCAGCCUUUGCCUCAAACCUGGCCCGAGCCCCAGCCCCAGCCCCCACCUUUGGAUGAGAUCCACACCGAAGUCCCUCCCUCUCCUGCUCCCCCAGACGUACCAUAUUGUUCCCCACCCGAGAGUAAAGGGGACCCUACAGGAAGCUGUAGAACAACUUGCCCUGUGUCCCAGGAGAAGGCACAAUUCAUCCCAACUGAAAGUGACCAUCUGGAAUGGCCCUUACAGAAGCGACUGAGAUGGAAGAAGAUGUUAUCCUCUCUGCUCAAAAACUCUCGGGCAGCCUGUAGCCAGCCAGACCUUCCCCAGGACGGCCAGGACACUCAGAGCCACAAGUCUGCCUCCGUUCUUCCCGGAGAUUCGAUCCACCCUGAGCACCAGGAGCCGCCCAAGCAACAUAUUCAAAGGAGUUUUAUCCCCAGUAAAGACCAGUUAGGCCCUCCCAGCAAAUCCCAAGUACCUGGGGAACCGAUGCAGCCUCAGGGUGAAUUCCCAGGGAGGGGUCAGACUGGGGCAGAAGAUAAGUAUGGGGCAUUUGCAGGUGAAAGCAGCAAGGGUGAACAGAAGAUGGGGUCUAGACAUUCUGACAGAUUCUCUCAGGCGAGUUCCUUAAGUGUCAAAGAAGACAAGGACCCAUACAGGAACCUAUGGCAAGAUCUGAAGGGUUUCCCGGAAGAGCCAUAUAUAGAUUUAAGAAAUACCUUGGUGAAAGUUCUGGAGGAUAAGAAGGAGGAGGAGGAGUCAGAUAUUGACUGGAUUAGGCUCCAGAGGUAUAAAUCAGGAAAUUACCUAUCCAGGGGCCCAAAGAAGCAGCAGGUUGAAAAAACCCUGAAUUUCCAAUUGGACCAGAAGUUGGGGGACAUCAACAAAGGCAUGGUCCCUGAUCAGUCCAGGAUCACUACCAGCCGUGUCAUUCCCAAGUCUGACACCUACCGUAAGCCCAGAAAUCUAGCAUCCUUGAGGGCUCAGAAAUACCCUGUGAACACCUCCCAAGAGCUUUUUUUCCUCGAUCCCGGCACUCAACAGAUGCUAGAAGCACAUAUUAUAAGGUUUCGUGUGAGGCACAGGUGGGGGUCAAACCUCCAGUCCCUGGAGCGCAUAAAUCUCCAGGCUCAAUCCCCACCCUUUCCACUCCCCAACCUUCCCUCCUGGGCCACUGGUGAAUUUGGAGAUGACUCCAUGGAUGAAUUUGCCAAUUUACUGGGAGGACAUCCUUGGAAACGUCCAGGACAGAAGGUGAUAACAAAAAAAUCAGUCCUCACCCUGACUGGUUUUCUCUCUGCCCCCUCACCUGUGAGUGAGGAGGUCCAGAGGGACCUGAAAGGUGAGCAGGCUGGUGACAAUCGUGGACACUCAGAGGCCUCUCCCACUAGACAGGAAGGCAGGUGGCCUUCUCAGCCCCUCACAUGUAGCAUGGUAAGCAGAACCUGGGAGAGUAGUACUGUCCUGGGGGCCAGGAGAGGCAGCCAAGAGCCAAGUGCAAGUCUAGCAAUGGCCAGGCAUGAUCCACGGGAGGAGGUGGAGGGCAUGGCCUCAGGAGUCCCCUGCAGUAGCAUAGCAAUGCUGGGGCUCAGUGUAGGGUCCCAAUCUUCAAGGGCAGAGAAGACUAUGGAGCCAGUGGAGGGCAGGGAGGAAAAGCCCCCUGCUUGGGAAGUCAUUCUGGGAGCCAGUGUGACAGCAGACUCCCAAACUAUUAAUAUGAAUCUGGGUUCAGGGUCUCUGGGGACUAGUGAAAGUUCCCCUUUCUCUAGAAUGUCUGGUACCCAGGAUCCAGGAGAGCUACGCCUCAAAACAAAGGUUGUGAGUAAGUUUUCAUUCAAAGUGGAGGUAGAAUCAGAGGACCAGCUUCAAGGCCCUGCCACUGGUGUCCUCCUCCAAGACUGUGCCACUGGCCUGCAUGUUCGAGGCCGUCACACCGACAUACUCCCCACAGCAGACAUGUCGGUUUCUCAGGAACCUCAGUCCAGUUCCCAGACCCCUCUGUCUGGUACCCAGAGUGUGCCCAGUAAGGACGCAUCAACUUCUCAGGGGCUACAUGACCCCACUUGGCAUGGAGGGAGCAGCCAGGGGCAGCAAGAGCCCAGGAGCCCAAAAGUGAGGGGCUCCUGGAAGACUCAGAGCAAUAUGCUUGGCCCUACUGACAAGAGAGAGAGCUGUAGGAGGCCGAAACCAAGGGAGCAUGAACCAAGGUCUGCAGGACCAAGGCCCUUCCAAUCCAGUGGGAUGAGUCACCCUGCUCAGGUCAGGGAAAGAGAAAUCCUUGGGAACAAAUACUCUCAGUUCCCACAAGAGAAGGGACAGGCACCUCCAGAAAGCCACUUCGGAAAAAGGAUCAAUCGUUUUCUGCAGCAUCUCAAGCUCAGUAAGAAGGGCAAAGAGCAGGAAGAUUCCCUGCAGAAAGGCAAGCCUGUGCCAGCCACUGCCCAGAGCCCAGGGCCAGCCACAAGGUCACCUAUGAACAGCAGGGCUCCUGAGGUCCGGGCAGUCAUUACACUUGUCGGACAGAUUUUAGUGGAAAAACUGGGGCUGAGGCAAGGACAUGGUCCCCCCCCAGAGUUUGCUUUCCACAAACAGGAACCCCGGGCCCCAAUGGAUGGGCGUUUCUACUACCCCAAAGGUCCCUGCCACCCAGGGUCAAGGAGAGUGAUGAGAGAUGUAGCCUCCAGUCAUGCCACCCCCAUGGGCCACAGCUAUCUUGUCAAGAACAAGUGGGUCAGAGGGAAGGACAGCAACUGGGCCUCCCCACCCAGGGAGCCUGUGCUCCCAGCCAGUCCCUGGCAGCGUGGGCCAAGGGUGGCAAGAGCCUCAGGCCACCUUCACCGUUAGACAACACCCUUGUCUGUCUGGUCAACAAGAUCCUGCCUUUGAUGCCUUUCCUGAUGGGAAUAUUUUCUCACAGAAUAAAUUUUGUUUAGGCAGAGAAAA